UGGCAGUCUAUGAUUGGUUAUAAAUCCCCGCUGAAUCUACCAUUGAUUGGAUCAUUUUUAUAUAUACCCAAUGUUGAGGCUGGGUGGAGCAUGGCGGGAAUCGUGGCGGCAGCCGCUAAGAGUUGUGCCGCGUGAGUCGUCAGGAUGGCUAGCACCGUUCACUUCAAGGGUGUUGUCGACGCCAGCGCCACCGUCGCAGUCGAAGAAACCAUUGUUUUCGCUGGAGAAGCAGAGGCUCUUGCUCCAGGUGGUUGAGGGCGUCCACAACGAGGCAGGUCGUCCCAACGCGACGUCGAUCAAGGCCCUCUUCCAAGUGCCAGCGAGAAAACCGUUCCCUGAAGAACUACAUGGCAUGCGCUUUCCAGUGACGAGUUUGCGGCAUGAGAAGCGCCUCGGGCGGCUGGACCCAGAUAUUGUCGCCAAAUUCGACGCGAUGGGGUUUGUCUGGGACGUUGGCGAGUCCCAGUGGAACGAAACCAAAGUCGCGCUGACCAAGUACAAGGAAAUCUUUGGCAACUUGCUUGUGCACGUUCAUUAUGCCGUGCCAAGCGGGAAUUCGCAGUGGCCGCGCGAGCUGUGGACCAAGCGGCUUGGCAGCGUCGUGAAUCACCUUCGUGUGUCGAAAGCAAGAGUUCCGCCUGCGCGAAAAAAGUGGUUGGACGAGAUGGGCUUCGUCUGGGACGCCACCGAGGCGAACUGGCACGUGAACCUUCUCGCGCUUGAGACGUACCAAAAGGUACAUGGGAAUCUAACAGUGGCCAAGGCGUACGUCGUGCCGACAGAGGACCCGCAAUGGCCAAAGGAGGUGUGGGGCCUCAAGUUAGGUAACUUAGUGCGAACGCUGCGCAACCGAGCGAGUGGGUUGUCGCCCCACAAACUGGACGCGUUGAACGCGAUGGGGUUUGUGUGGAAGAUGCGCGAGCGUGGGGCUGGGCCGAGUCCCCCGGCGCAGUUUUCGCUGGAAAAGCAGCACCAGAUCGUUGAAAUCCUGAAAUUCCAACGGACACUGCAGCCACACACCAAGUUUGUGACCGUCCCGAAUCGCUUCAUCGUUCCCAGCGAAGCUCCGUGGCCUCGGCACUUACAAGGACGCGUCGUCCAAACAUCCAAGUUUCGGCGCGCGUACAUCGAAGGUGGCCUCGACCCGAUGGUUGUGAAUGACCUCGAUGGCAUUGGCUUUGUCUGGAACAACCACAGCCACCAGUGGGCCGUCAAAAUCGAAGCGCUCGCCACGUACAAGGCGUUGCAUGGCGAUUUGCUCGUGGGCGGCGACUUUCUUGUUCCCGACCACGACUCACGAUGGCCAGUGUACUUGUGGGGCAAGAAGUUGGGGGCGGUCGUCUUCGACCUGCGCAGCGGUCGGCACAAGCUGUCCCCCGACCAAAGGGAUGAACUGGAUGCGAUGGGGUUUGUCUGGGAUGCCAUGGCCGAUCAGUGGCAGCUCAACUUGCUCGGGCUGCAAGCGUUCAAGGCUCUUCAUGGCCACUUGAACAUCCCUCGAGCAUUUGUGGUCCCAGCCCAUGAUGCGACGUGGCCCGAGGACGUAUGGGCCUUGCCGUUGGGCAAUGUCGUCAGCGCCAUUCGAAGCGGACGAACAAAGCCGUCGCUCGAACGACUCCAGGCGCUCGACAAGCUCGGUUUUGUGUGGCAUCCCCUCGACGAUCUGUGGAAUCGAAAGAUGGACGCGCUCGAGACGUACCGGCGCCUCCAUGGCCACAUCAAGAUUCCCAACGCGUAUGUCGUGCCCGAUCGAGAUGCGGCAUGGGCGCCAGAACUGUGGAACAUGAAGUUGGGUCUGGUACUCCAGAAAAUUCGACUCGCCAGUCGGCAGGAUCGGUAUCCCCCGCAUCGAGUGGACCAGCUGCGAGCGCUAGGAAUUGUUUAAACCGACACUAUCCGAUAGUUUUGCAACGUGCGGUCCAUGGCCAUGUGUCGAUAGAGCUGCGAUGGAAAUCCCAAACGAUCAAGCGGUCGCAGGCAUCACAGUCUUGCGGCGCGGAUGCGCUCGCCGCGACGGGCAGGAGUUACC